CAAAUGAACAACAUGGACAUAAAGCAUAAACCUUAUGCUUCAUAUUUUCAUAAGUAAUGGCCAUGUUGUUUAUUUUUCCAAAGUACAGUACUUUCUGUUUGCGAUUACGUCACUUUAACUGCAGCAUUUGACUCCGCCCCCUCCACUCUCAUGUCAAAAUGGCGGCGGAGAGGUACGAUACGGUGAACAUGGACCCCGACAUCGAACUCCUCAGCGACGACGAACUGGAGCGGGAAGCAGAUGGCUACAAGGAGCAAGGCAACGCAUUCUACAUCCAGAAGGAUUACGCGGAAGCUUUUAAUUACUAUACCAAGGCCAUCGAUAUGUGUCCAAAGAACGCCAGUUACUACGGCAACCGAGCGGCCACGCUGAUGAUGCUGUGUCGGUACCGCGAGGCUUUGGAGGAUUCCCAGCAAGCCGUGCGGCUGGAUAACUCCUUCAUGAAGGGGCACCUGCGAGAGGGGAAGUGCCACCUGUCUCUCGGGAACGCCAUGGCGGCCUCGCGCUGCUUCCAGAAGGUUCUGGAGCUGGAGCCUGACAACGGUCAAGCCCAGCAGGAGCUCAAGUGCGCCGAAUCCAUUCUGGAGUACGAGCGGAUGGCAGAGAUUGGCUUUGACAAGCGAGACUACCGCAUGGUGGUUUUCUGCAUGGACCGAGCCCUGGAGUCAGCUUCGGCCUGCCAUCGCUUCAAGAUACUGAAAGCCGAGUGCUUAGCUCUGCUGGGACGAUACCCUGAGGCUCAGUCCGUGGCCAGUGACAUCUUAAGAAUGGACUCCACCAACGCAGACGCACUGUACGUGCGCGGCCUUUGCCUGUACUACGAGGACUGCAUCGACAAGGCGGUCCAGUUCUUCGUUCAGGCCCUGCGCAUGGCUCCGGACCACGAGAAAGCGCGGCUCGCUUGUAGGAACGCCAAAGCGCUAAAGGCUAAGAAAGAGGAAGGCAACAAGGCCUUUAAAGAAGGCAACUUUGACGCUGCCUACGUCCUUUACUCUGAAGCGCUGACAAUAGAUCCCAACAACAUCAAGACAAAUGCCAAGCUGUACUGUAACAGAGCCACUGUCGGCUCCAAGCUGAAGAAAGUAGAACAGGCCAUCGAAGACUGCACGAAGGCCAUCAAGCUGGACGAGAGCUACAUCAAGGCCUACUUGCGACGAGCGCAAUGCUGCAUGGAGACGGAGCAGUACGAAGAGGCGGUUCGCGACUACGAGAAGGUUUACCAGACAGAGAAGACCAAAGAGCACAAGCAGCUGCUAAAACAUGCACAGCUGGAGCUGAAGAAAAGCAAGCGAAAAGACUACUACAAGGUACUUGGCGUGGACAAGAACGCCAGCGAGGAGGAGAUCAAGAAGGCGUACCGCAAACGGGCGCUCUUACAUCACCCAGAUCGGCACAGCAGCGCUACCGCGGAAGUGCAAAAGGAAGAGGAAAAGAAAUUCAAGGAGGUCGGCGAGGCCUUCAGCGUGCUAUCGGACCCCAAGAAAAAGUCGCGCUACGAUAGCGGGCAGGACCUGGAGGACGAGGGCAUGAACAUGGGCGAUUUCGACGCCAACAAUAUUUUCAAGGCGUUCUUCGGCGGUCCCGGAGGUUUUAGUUUUGAAGCAUCAGGACCGGGAAAUUUCUUCUUCCAGUUCGGUUAAACAGUCUGCUUUCCCGCCGGUCCGGCGCUACGUCAGGACGCGCGCCGCCGCCGCUCCCCCCGUUACCUGCCGUCUGUAUCCUCCAGCAGAUGCGGGUCGCCGUCAUCCACGCCAUAGACUCGAUGCAGCCACACUUUAAGACGCACACACACAGCAAGCCAACACAAAAUAGCCGUACAUGGAAGACCUUUUGAAGUGAACGUCGUGCAGCUACUCUUUUUAGGGGGUCCACGCAGGAAGUCGAAGACCGCUUCCCGCCCUGCAUGAAACCGCCAUUUUCUUAUUUGAAGUAUCUCAUAGGGGCGGUGGAGAAACGGCGUCCUCGCCAACGGGAGCACGUGUCUGUCGUGUGUAUAAAAAUCGCAUUUUUUAUAUUUGACGUUGCCAUCCACAGAUUGCUGCGUUGCACAUGUGACUGGAAUGUAUCACGUUGAUAUGUGAUUUUUUUGUUUUGUCAUUUUGAUAUUUAUUGUUUUGUUUUUUGUUUUGUUUUUUGCUGCCAGUCACAUCAUGUUAUCCAAGCAAAAACACAAAGAAGGUAUCAUUUUCCCACUGUCAAAAUGCAACACAAUGAACAGAAGUGGAGCAUAUUUCAAAUCUCGUUUAUGAAAAUUGGGUCCAGGCAUACUUCCUAGAGAAAUUGACAAAAUCCAGGUCGUCUUCAACUUGAACCUCAUUGUCAUUUUGGUGAAAUCAAACGUGUCAAUAAAGUUGAGGCCUCCCCCUGCC